UUGUGUCCUGCUGGCAUCAACACUGGAACAUUUCUCAUGGCAGUUUCUCAGACCACUCUAUGGAAUUUGAUUUCUGGGAUCUUAGGAGUAAUAUGCCUUUUGUUGAUGACUACAAUGGGAAUUUUGUUGAAAAAUUUAUUACUUACAGAAAGUAUUCAGCCAACAUUGUCACCAGGACCAAUCACAGAACUCCAAAAAGGCUCUGAUUGUUGUUCUUGCCCAAAAAGGUGGAUUGGGCACCAAUGCAACUGCUACUUGUUUUUUGAUGAAUUAAAAUCUUGGACAGAAAGUCGUGAUUUCUGUGCUUCACAGAAUUCCAGUCUACUUCACAUUCAAAACAGAGAUGAAUUGCGUUUUGUGAGCUCCAGUAAGUAUUUUUACUGGAUUGGAGUCUAUUACAGUAAAGAAAAUGGUACCUGGUUGUGGGAAAAUGGCUUGGCUCUCCCUCAAGAUCUGUUGCAAACAAUUCAAACUUUUGAUACAAAGAAAUGUGUAAUAUAUAGCUCAAGCCACAGUGUUUUGGAUGUAUCCUGUGAAGAUAAAAGUCAUUUUAUAUGUAAGCAAGAGCUUAUGUAGGUAUUUCUUGGAGCAAAA